CGCUCCAUCACCCUUUCGUGCCUUGCAUCCGCAUAACAAGCCAACACCAUCGAUUAUCAAGACUCUUAUUUCAUAAAAUUUUAUACCACUGCAAGAAUUUCGAUGAUCACCGUAGCAUGAGAACAAAGAAAAACCGGCUGAGAUUGGCCGAGGAGGGCCAGAUUUCUUAUCUUUCUUUCCUUCAUUGCUCUUUUUUUUCUUUUUCUUCCAUCCGUGGAAAGAAUCUCGGCACCGGCGAAUGGCUCGGCGGAAUAAUGGCUUCGCCGCAGGGUGGCUGGCUCAUUAGUCUGUACAUGCGCUGUUGUGGGGUCCGCCAUCCAGUACACGAUUACAAUCCAAUCUGCCCGGCCGAAAACAAAGAGCGGACGCGUGUCCCGUUCUGCAGUGUAGUACCCCCUCACAACCAAACAAAGGAGAAGCUAACGGUACCUCUACACGCUAGCCGGGGGAACGUGCCGGGAGAUUGCAGCUGCCUCAGCUUGGCGGUCGACACACCAACCGCAUCGCCGAGCAAGCCGGCUGAGCCGUAUGGACGGCUGAAAGGGGGCGGGGACUUCGACGACGACAGUUUAACGAUAAGCGCCCAUGACGGAAUUCACUGGUCCGUUGCGCAUUCUACGGGCCAACCAGAAGGCUUGCUGACUUGUUAGCAUCUCGUCGGCCGAGUGACAGAAUUUGCGCGUCACAUUUAACUGUGCAAAACGCCGCUAAUGCCCGCAUUCUGCCACAUGAAAACGGGAAGUCAGACGUGUUAUCACCACCUGUGGUCCUUCCCGUGCAUAAUAGGUGGAAUCUGUGAGCUUCGUUUACCGACAAUACUGAUGAGGCUUACUCUGUAAUAGAUCUCUACUGAUAUCUCCAGUCACCUGCUACCUGGUCGGUGUUCACACUUCGCAGUAAACGGGACGAUUCUUGUUGUCCUCCCUGCACACGUCUACGUCUCUAAACGCACGACGGUUUGACGAUAACGGUGGCGGUUGGCAUUGCGGGGUCUGCGGGUCCCCCCGUUCAAGCGAGAAGAUGCCGAGGGGGUUCCUGGUGAAACGAAACAGGAAAUCCGGGUCUGUCUCCUACCGUUCUCGCUGCUCCGACGAAGAUCAGGAUGAUGCCUACAUCGAGAAUGAUGGCACGGAGUGCUAUACUAAGCCAUUCAAUUCCCCGGACUCCGGCUACGGUCACAGCCCGGUUACGCUGCUAGUGAAGGAAAGCCCGGCCUUCAGAUUCGACAAGGAGUCCGUCUACUCUCGUGUUAGCUCUCCCCACCUGAACAACUGUUCCUACCCGUCCCCGCUGACUUACAGUUCCCCAUCCUCUGCAUCCCUGAACACCGAGAGGAACAAGACGCUCUGGCCUUUCACCGUGACUCCUACAACGCCGCCCAGGAGACUCCCCUCCGGCGUCCCGCCCCCUCUCAGAAUAAAGCGCCCGCUAUCCGAGGAGAACGAGCGAAAACAGCACAAAGCCAAGAAGCCCAAAGCCGCCCGCAAACUCAACUUUGAUGAGGACAAUACCUCUCCCGUUCACGGCACCAUCAUCCGUGGUGAUGUGUCGUCCAAUGGAGGUCCAGAUAAUGGUAAAGGUGCCAACGGGGGAUGCGACAGUGACAAGGGUGGAGCGCAGGACAACAGCCUUGGCGGGGACUUCGUCUGUCAGCUGUGUAAAGAGCAGUACCCUGACCCCUUCUCCUUGGCCCAACAUAAGUGCUCCCGUAUUGUGCACGUUGAAUAUCGCUGCCCCGAGUGCGACAAAGUGUUCAACUGCCCAGCCAAUCUAGCCUCCCACCGACGAUGGCACAAGCCACGACCCAACAGCCGGUCCACGCCCAACUCUCCUCGCAUCCUGCCGGCAUCACCCGCCAAACCGGACGGUAGCAAGACCUUCGAGGUGACCCAUCGGGCCGAGCAGCCGGACGAAUCCUUGACCCUCAUCAAGGAUGAUCUGACCAGCACUGGGAGUGACAGCAGUCGCAGUACUCCGAGCCCCGGGCAGGCCGCACCCAACGAGGAGGGGCAGUACGAGUGCGACCAGUGCGGCAAGAAGUUCCGGCGGCCGGCCAACCUCCGGAAGCACAUGCAACACCACGGUGAGGAGGACACCUAUCCGUGUCAGUACUGUGGCCAGACGUUCAGCAGCCUGACCAGCCGGGCCAAGCACGUCCUGACUCAUGCCGUGGGCCCAAAGGAGGUCAACUGUGACGUGUGUGGAGGCUCCUACCAAAACAAGAUGGCGUUAGACCAGCACGUGCGACUACAUCACUCAAGCGAGGUCUACCCGUGCAAGUAUUGCUCUUGUAACUUCACCAGUUCACCUGGGCUGACUCGACACAUCAACAAAAGGCACCCAUCUGAAAACAGACAAGUCAUUCUGCUUCAGCAAUUGCCUGUGCACCCGUGAGUACAGUUUAACAAAGCCACGUGUAACAAUAAUGUACCGUCGUUUUGCUACUCAAAGAUCAAUAUUUUUGCACUAAAAAGAAAACGAUCUUUAAUAAUACAACCUGAAAUCUCCAGAGGACAGUUUUGUGGUCUUAAUUUCACCUAUAUACACAAAAAGUUUGCUCUUAGAGAAUGCAUACUGUUUCUUUUCUGUUUAAAAGCGAAUUCGCCACGAAUUACGUCGCCAAAACUAAAAGAGUAGGGUUGAUUGUACCAUUCUCAAUACAAGAAAACGGCCUUCGAAUAUGAUAAACAUUUACAAGUUACUGUGCACAAUAGCUAUUUAUCACACAAUAAUUAUGUUGCAUAUUAUUGCCAUUAAUCCUCAGGCUAUUUUAUUAUCAAGACGAACAAAAACUUGUUCGCUUUUGGCUUUAGUCCAAUAGACUACAUUCAGUUCAGCAGACCACACUACAUCUCCAACGGAUAAAGAAUCACAGCUGUGUAAAUAUCAGAAACAACACUACCAAGUAUACAUGUAUGCUCCAUCAGUACACAUCCUGGUGGAGAAAACGUGCUAUCGUGUUCACGUAACGCAUAAUAGCUACAGGUUUUGUUUAAGGAGGACAUUAUCAUAACUCUGCGAUUUACCUAUUGUCGAACUUCGUUGAAUCUUUUCCAUUUUUUUUCCUCUGGGAAAAGAGAGAUGCACAGUCGGCCGUUUAUCUAUUAUGUUUGAAGUUUCCCUCAGAGGGAAAAAAUUGUAUUCCAACAGGCAAAACCAUUCCUUCGUGUUGUUAUAUCUUCUUCUGACUAUAACCAAGUACUGAAACAGAUGUCCAAAUGUUUCUGCUCUGUUAAUGAUUAUGUUGUAAUAAACUUAUGUUGUUUUUACUGCCAUUGUUCAACUAAGUGUGAGCCGGGUACCUAUUAUUUGAAAGCAAGACACUCGCCAUCAUUCCGUUUCGGACGUCUUUUUGUGUAUAUAAAAGAUAACAAAUUGAAUAUUUAUGGUAAAAGCUCGAAUCUGAUCUGCCAUCCUCCGCGUUGUCAUACAAUGGGUAUAACUAAUGCUUAUAGAACAAGUCCUGAGGGAAUGAAGACAGAAUUGGAAAGGUUUGAGUUAAGCUAGUUUUUACAGAUGUCGGUGUUUGUGUGGUGAAACAGUUAAUCUCCCUAUACAAUUCAUCUAUAACACGUACACAUUUCGACAAGAAUCUUAUAAACCGUUUCAUUCCGUUCUUUACGUUUGAUUAUAAUUCAACAUUCCAUUAGUCAACUUAACUACGGAAAAUAAAAUUGUGCCUACACGACUACCCUUCGAUUCUGUUUUUUUCUUCCAGUGAUUUUCAGUUUUGUCGCUGAGUAAAAUUUAUAGCUAUAACAUUAAAGGGCACUAUAUAUUAUUUGUAGAUGUUAAUUACCAUUUUGUGUGCUAAAUUUCCAUAUGGAAAUAUUUGAACGAAUAAAUCAUUCCACUGGUUUGUGUUAUUUUGUACACACUGUUUGUACCUGUGUAUUUAAGGAUACAUGCAUCACAUAAAGUGGGGAAGAAAGAACAGAAUAUAUUUUACCUUAAUCGUAAUAGUUGUUUGAAUAUUUCAAGAGAUGUCAUAUUUUUUCAUGGCUCACUUUUAAUAAUGCCAUUCCCACAAGUUGUGCUUGUUGCUGUGGUAAAUAUUUAUCUUGACUUUUCUUUAAUCAUGAUUUCGUUCAUGAGAAGGAAAUCGUGGAAUUCAGUAAAACAUUUGUUCGAAGUUUGCAAAUUGAUUAAAUGUACAUGUACAUGGUGAGCAUAAUCUAAAAGCAGUACCUCCAAGCCAAUGGAAUGAGUGAAUAUCACUCUGUUUAGUAGAUUAUGGAAUGACUAGCACCCCCAGUCAUUAGGUCAUGCAACACUGAAUGUGUGCAGCGGUGCGCGAACGGGGCGAGAUUGAAAAUGGAAGAUUAUAUGGGAUGAUUAUUUCAUGCUGACAUCGAGAGACCGCUGUCAAACACGUGCAUGUUGUUGCUACCGUCAUGUUUCAUUUUGAAUGGCGAUUCUUUGUGUUCGGAAACCGUGCAUUGUGCAGGGAGCCAAGUCGGUUGGUUUGUUUGUCGUUUGUAUUUUAAGAAUCUGAAGUCAGUAGUUUCUUAUUUAUCCACUGUAUCGGCGGCAUUAUACCGCUGUUAAUAUUUAUCGUAUUAUAGUGUUGUCGUUUAUUUUAUCCUCGUGUUCGUAUUGUGCUGUUUAUUUAUUUAUUUGUAUAAUGGAUAAAUUAGGGAGUAGUGGAAAUAAAGAUCCACUAAUUUUAGGGGAUUACUGGUCGACACGAAGAUUUUACACUGCUCCAUUCGACCUCCAAAUGCUAUGCCCUUGCUUUGAAAUAUCGUGCUAGUUUGCCAGUUUACCAAUUCAUUGUACUCCAAGAAGUGUGCUUUUUCCGUUUAAGCUAUUUAUUGAAAUAUACUAUACUAAGAUUAUUUUUGGUCUUAUUUAUUUAUGUUUUCGUCCACAAAUGUACUCACAUGUUAACCACAAAAUGUUUUAUUUGGUGUUGAGGUAUUCGGUGUCAUUAAAUACCAGGCUGGUAUUUAUUAGUAAAUACCAAUUUACUGGUUACAUAAGCAUGUAAAAAGCUAGGCGUAUUUAUUACAAACAAUAUUAUAAUUGGCGAUAUGUUUACAUGGCACAGGUCACAGUUAUUUAUUCGUAACUAUGAUAAAUUUACGGAUUUCUAUUUAAACGGCUUUUGUAUUUCAGUGUCUAUGCUUCAUUUCGUGAAAAUGUCAAAUUGAGUCAUUCCAUAUUUAUGAUUAUUGACAGUUUUAUUAUUGUCAUGAGUUAUUUACCACCAUAUAAACCUUUGUUUAUGGAUUCGUCUAUUUAUUGUUUUUAAUUGCAUAAUGCAACAUAGCAAAUUGAGUGUUAUCCGUAUUUGUCUGUAAUUAUGUUAUCAUAAAAUAUGCUAUUGUUUUGUCGUACGAUUUUCCCCAGACGUGUAAUUUGUUCAUAAUGAUCUCAUACUGAGGAUAUUUGAAGAAAAACCAAACACUUAAGUAUGUACUAAAUGAGAUUUCAAAGUAUUUAGAAGCACUCUAUAAAGAUGCCUUCAUUUGUUAUUUGGAAGAAGGGCCUUGAUUAAAACAUCGUUUUUUGAUCGAUCGUUUUUUUUACAAUGAUGUAAAUAAACUAUAGAAAUGA